UACGAUUAUUGGAGCAUUGCCAAGUCCGCGAUUGAAAUCGCUUCAAAUUUUUCAAUAAUUCACAAUCCUAAUCGACCCUACUUUGAUUUCUUCUUUCAGCUCAAAGGUCCAUUGGAGUUCUGGAACGCUUGGUUAGCAAUAUUCAGUACACUCGGUAGCAUAGCGACUGGCUAUGGCCUUUUCCAUGAAAUUUACCAUAGAGGGGUAGUAUCAUCGUAUACUCAAAUGGGAGAUUUCUUUACGGGUGUCAGCGGGUACUUCACGUUUCUGUUCGUCAUGAGCAAAGUGGCUGAAUUGGGUGAUACGAUCAUGAUCGUGCUACGCAAAAAGCCGUUGAUUUUCUUGCAUUGGUAUCACCAUGUGUUAACUCUGAACUAUGCUUUCAUGUCAUACUCGGUAGACACUGCUUACAAUAGUUGGAUAGCAUGGAUGAACUUUACCGUUCAUGCCAUCAUGUAUGGCUAUUACAUGCUGCGAUCAUAUGGUGUAAGAGUGCCAGCCUGGGUCGCACGAAACAUCACGACCAUGCAGAUUGUGCAAUUCAUCAUCACGCAUUUCAUUCUGUUCCAUGUCGGCUAUCUAUCAAGUCAGGGUGUGAAAGUCGAUAGCACACCGAAAGUUUUCUGGUUUUGCCUUAUCAUGGAGAUGUCCUACGUGGUCUUGUUUGGAAACUUUUAUUUCCAAUCUUAUGUGAAGGGCGGAGGAAAGAAGUUUAUUGCAGAGAAGGAGAAAAAACAGGAAUGA